UCUCAGAUAGAGCCACAGGUCAACAGAAUAUUGAUAGUGAUAUUGCAAAAUGUCUAUGUCAAUGACCAGAGAAAGUCUUCUGUUAAUUUUCUGUGUCAGUACAAUGACCCGAUUCAUAGAUCUAUGCCACAGCGGAACUUUCCUCAAAAUAUUCGGUAUUGGAUUUUCCAAAGAGUACGCUUGACAUAUGGAGGAUUGAUGAAUUUGGCAUUGUGUUUCUCUCUAUUGAUUUUCAUAGACAACAAUAUCAUUAAUUAAAACUGGUAGCAAUCUGUCUUAUUCUUUAAUAAACAGUCUACCAUGUGACUGUUAGAACUACAUGCAUUAGCAUACAUUAGCCAUGUCAGGCAGCCUCUAUUGUGUGCUAUCAUCUUUGGGUCAUGUGAUCUGAUGCUAAUUAUGAUGUCGUCAGCGCAGGUGCUUUCCCUUGGCUUGGAAGAGAGAAGUUGGAUUCCACCAUUUUUCUGUGUGUUGCUGGAGUAAGAUGACAGGAGAGUGGUGACUCUAUGUUGAAUGCUUUCAUACUGAGAGAGAGAGAAUAGCUCGGGGCAUGUCACAGACAAGGGACUUUGUCAGUGCUAUCUUACACAUCUAGCUUAAGACAUUGACUUAUCUGUUUUUUUGUAUCUCUCCUAGAAGACAAUGUCUUAAUUAGAUUGGUGUACUUAACAGGACUGUGUAGAGCAAAGUAUUACCUGGCUGUCUGUGUUUGUAUCCUAGGAGAGUGAUAUUUACGUGAAUCAAGCAACUUACACACACAGUUGUUGAAUAAGUAAUCAUUGAAGAUGCCGGGCUUGUGUCAUUUCAUGUCAAUCAGGAGAAUUUGACUUGACAGGGCAAACUCAGGUGUUUAAAUGAAGAGGUUUCGUCAUAUCAGGAUCACAGUUCCAACUGCAAGGUGAAGAAAUAACAACAUGUGUUUUUAGUGGUAGUGUAACCUCAAAUGCCAGAAGUGUUUUCCAUUCAGCAGAGAAAUCUGAAUAAUGACAGCUCAUAGAGGAAUUAUAAGGUGUGUUAUUGACUUAGUGUUACAAACAGAGAGGAGAUAUGAGGAGAAUUUGAUGGCUUGAUAAGAGAUAUUACUACAAGGUGAUAGUAAUACAGACCAACACGUGUUAACCUGCGUAUAAAGUACACUGAUUUUUAAUUAUUUUUUUUUACAAGUCUGAUCCUGUGGUGUUAAAAACUGGAUUAUUAUUUACAGAUUGUUUAUCCGUCACUUGGCUUAUAUAUAUAAACUUGAUAUUUUUUAAAAAACAUUUACAAGGAUCAUUUACCGUGUUUGGACUUGACGUUCCACCUAGUUAGUUACCUUGCUUAUUAAAAGGAAUAUGAUUGGAGCGCAUGCAGUAUACACUGUGUUGUGAAGAAUGACAGAUUAUUGUUGAUUGGAACAGUGUAUCCCACAUGUGACAGAGUAAAGGAGCUGAUUUUCUUGCCCCUGGGUCUGUAGAAGGCUGCUGACCCCGUACAGUCACCACAGUGAUCUUCAGAGGAGCUCUAACUGACCAGUCAGUAAACCCCAUGUGUGAUAAUUAGAUACAGAUAUAUGUACAUCUUCAAUCUCCUCAGGAUAUCCUGGAGGCAGCCUUAAACCUGAGGCCAUCAGGGUUCUUAACCUGAUUCAGAACUGUUCAGGGUAGGUAAACAAUUUAUGUGCACACAUGAUGUAACUGCCCAUGGGUACAGACUAUCUUCUCUACCUGUUAAUCCUUUGUGUAAUAUAAAAUUCAUGGGACAUUGAUCCACCCAGCUCAAACAAAGGAAUUCAGGUGUCAUGGUCUAUAUGACUAAUGAUCACUCUAUUACUAAGGGCCAAUCUGCCACAGAUUCUAUGAGCCUGUGACCUUCUUUGUGUGUGUAUAUUUUUAGGUGGAAACAUGGAUGAGUGAUUUUAAACCCAGGAUAUAAAUACAGGAAGGGCAGAUUUGAACUUCUUUGUUAACAUGUUUGGAGACAGAAAGAACGUGUUCCUUCCUGUUGAGAGCUUUUUCUUGUGGAGAGUUUAUUUUCUUUAAUAUUUGGGAUCUGCUCUCCACACAAGGAUGUUUUAUUCCAGCUUUGUUUAGUGUCAGAGUUUGUUAAUCGUUGUGUGGUUAUUUCUUUAUUUAGAAUGGAGUGUCAGCCAGGAGACACAACCACGUGUGUUAAGCGGGAGGUGGUGAGCAUUACUGGAGCCAUCCAGCUCGAAUAUAAAGACAUACCCACCGCUCAAAACAAUGCGUAUAGGCUCUCCGCCUCAUCUUGCAAAAAAUGUCUUAGAGAAAGAACGGGCAAAAACAACAAAUGGAGACAGAAGCAGCUACGGAAGCAGACCAAAGCAAAUAGCCCGAUCGUGAUCCAGUUAAAGGACACGUUAAAGGCAGCUUUAAAACAGAAGCAGCGCACCCUGCACAAGUCCAAACACCGAGAGGAGUCUGAGGACUGGAAGUUAAGCAACAGUGAUGUUAGUGUGGUGUCUGAUGAGGAAACCGCGAGUAGCAAGGAAAUCAAAACGAAAAAGGACGUUAAAAAUUUAAGUGCCUUGAUCUCAGUUAUAGAAAAAACUCACCGAAAAGACAAAAAAUUUCAUGUGGGGUCUAACAAUCUCGCAAGAAAUACUCAAACAAAAAACUCGGAGUUUGUGGCAGAUUAUGUUCUAAACAAUGCCACUUACUCCUCCGAAAACUCGGACCAAGUCAGUAGUAAGCCUAGAAGUAUUGCCGAAUGUGAAAAUGUGGAGAUCAUUUGUAAUGAUUUAAAUGAGAGUGACAGAAGUUCUAAUGUGGAGGAUACUGAGAGUGAUACUGUUUCAACCAUCUCAAGUUCUGAAUCCCAAUGCGACUCAGAGAUCUCUAACUCACAGCCAGAAACCAUGGACUCAGAAAUGACUCAGGAGGAGCUGGAGAAGCUAGCACAGUACACAACAGGAUGUCCCCUGAUCCGCUACGACUGUCCACCUUCUGAGUGUCCACAGUGUCUGUCAGAGUUCUACUACAAUUACCAGUAUUACUAUGACCAGGGACUCCUUCACACUUACCAGGUGCCCCCUGAAACCAAGGACGUGGUGGAGGAGAGCCCAGAGGCAGAUCUGGAGGAGGGAGAGGACCCAGAAGGGGUGGAGGAGCCCCCUCCCGCUGAAAAGAUGGACACAAACAGUUCAUCAGAGAAGUUAGACUCCAAAGAGGAGCAAGGAAGGAAAGCCCCACCCAAGCAACUUCUGGAAAUUGGCAUCAAGUCUUCACAGGAGUCCUAUUCAGAUGACGUGUAUGUGGACCUGACAGACACUGAUGUGACUUUUACUGUGUACUACCAUCAUGACCUCGCAGCAGAGGACACUGAGAGUAACUAUGCAAAUACACCUACCUUUUUACCCCCCAUGGUGCCAUAUCAUAUGAUGACCCCUUAUACAACGAAUCCCUAUUUCUCUGUGCCAUACUGUUACUGGCCCUGUGUGUACCCUCCGUCUUACAGCUUAAGGAGUCCGCUCUAUUUACCGGAGGACACAGAGUCCAUCCCUAAAACACACAUGAUUCCUCCUAAGGAACUGGAGAAAUUCAAUUCCUCUGCACCAUCUGUGCGGCCAUGGAUCCCAGUCAAGGCAGCAGAAAAGAGCAGAUCAAGUGCCAUUUUCACAGUGAUGUGCUACAAUGUGCUGUGUGACAAGUAUUGUACUCGUCAGAUGUAUGGGUAUUGUCCCUCCUGGGCCCUUAACUGGGAGUACCGCAAAAAAGGAAUCAUAGACGAGAUCAGACACGGUGCAGCCGACAUAAUCAGUCUGCAGGAAGUGGAAACUGAUCAGUUCCACAACUUCUUUCUGCCAGAGCUCCGCAGAGACGGUUACGAUGGAAUCUUCUCUGCAAAAUCACGAGCACGAACGAUGACAGAGGCUGACAGAAAGCAUGUGGAUGGUUGUGCAAUAUUCUUCAAAACUAGCAAGUUCCACCUAGUGAAAGAGCAUUGUGUUGAGUUCAACCAGCUGGCCAUGGCUAAUGCUGAGGGUUCAGAUGACAUGUUGAACCGUGUCAUGACAAAGGAUAACAUCGGACUGGCAGCCAUGUUGGAGAUUAAGGAGGGAGCGUAUGAUAAUGCAGGUGCCCUGAGUGAGAUGCAGAUGAAGCAACCCUUAGUUGUAGCCACGGCCCACAUCCACUGGGACCCGGAGUUCUCGGACGUCAAGCUCAUUCAGACCAUGAUGCUGAUGUGGCGCCUCAAGAAAGUCAUUGAGGAGAACUUCACCACCAUGAACCAAGGGCUGGUCGAUGUCACUCGUGUUCCCCUCAUCUUAUGUGGAGAUCUCAACUCCCUCCCAGACUCAGGUGUUGUAGAAUAUCUUCUCUCAGGAAAGGUAGCUCGCACUCACAUUGACUUCAAAGACAUUGGUUAUGAGGAUGCCCUGCAGAAAAUUCACGCGUCCAAGGACAAAGACUCAUUUUGUCACGACUUUAGACUGAACACUGGUUAUGAGAAAGACGUUAUGCCAUUUACCAAUUAUACGUAUGACUUCAAAGGAAUCAUUGACUACAUAUUUUAUUCUAAGGAACACAUGAAUCUUAUUGGUCUUUUGGGUCCACUGGAUGAGGAAUGGUUCCGCCAGAACAAAGUCGUGGGCUGUCCUCACCCCCACGUCCCUUCAGACCAUUUCCCGUUGCUCGUCGAAUUUGAAAUGCCAGCUAGGAAUCUCCCCAACAGCCAAGGAAACCCCCCGUUAAUCCAGUAUAGAUAGUGGCCUGACUGACCACGUAAAGGGAUCACUUUGCUAGUGCAAUGAAGUUAUUGUGAUCUUUUGAAUUCUUUGCAAUGAAUGAUGUUUUUAAAAGGCCUUUCAGAAGCGUAUCAGGGAUACUUUAUUUCCUAUUUUUAUAUUAGCUGUACAAAUUCCCAGGCAGUUGUCAUACUACAUAGUAUCAUUUCAUGUUGACUGAGGGAUGUUGAUUAAAAAAAUAGGGGUUUUUUUCUUUCAUGACAACUUUUUGUAGCAUGUGCAUUUAUUGUGAUGAUGAAAAAAUAUCAAAAUUUGCUUGUUCAGUAAUCUUUGCUUCAUAAUUUCAUGUGAUAAAUUGUUUUUAUAUUUAAUUUAAAAUAAAAUUAUUUUUUAAUGUUCAGAACAUUGCAAAGAAUAUAUGAACAAAGCGAAGGGGAGGCCAUCCUUGUUGUACAAUGGUUAGCUGUCCUCAAAAUCAUGACAAGAAUAAAAUAAUCCUAUCUUUUGAUUUAGCAUUUUUAACCUAAAGACUUUACAAAAUCAUUGUGCUGUGAUUAUGCAGAUCAUGUUCUCUCCAUUCUUAUGAUAUUGUAAGAAUUAAUUACUUUUAUAAACAAAACAAAAAUUGAUUGGACUGAUUUUCUGCUGUUCUCUUGUACAAAUCGUAUGUGAAAGCUUUAUGUAGGCUACAUUGUGUAAUGCUUUUAUUUUCAGUGUCUUUAAGUUGAGAGUUAAUUAUUUUUAUCAAAAAUCACCUAGUAUUGAAGAGACCAAAAAUACUCAAAACACCAGACCAAACUAACUUUUGUACUUGGAAGAUUUUCUGUCUCUUUAUGAAUGCAAACUUCUCUUUUAAGAAAGAAAUCAAACCUUUUUGCUGUAAAUUGAAAUGCUGUUUGAAUGUUUUUAAUGGUCUGGUAUACGUUUUAUUUGUACUAUUUCAGUAAACCAAGGUGUAAGGUAUUGAUUGACAUUGAUAAGGUACAUAUUAUGCUGUAAGUUAUGCUUGUGUGUAUGGUAUUUAUUUGUGUGUUUUGAUUGGUCAGUUGGUGGCCAAUAAUAUACAAUGUUUGAUAACGUGAUCUCAGGCGUUGCUGCCCUUGCAUCACUUGGCAAUAUACAUAUCUAUCCAUACAUCAUUGUAACCAGAAAUAUUCUUAGUUUUUAAAAGAAAUGAUUUUUUUAAAUAGGAAAUUUUGAUUUAAAAUUUGUAUUCAGCAUAUACUUUCUUUUAAAAAAAAAAAACAAUAACCCAAAAAACGAAAAACAAAACGCAAUUAUUAUCAAACAAAACUUUGAACUUUCAUUUGUUAUCAUUGUGUUACAUGAAUGCAUACGAUAUCAUUUUGUCAGUCAUACCAGACCAGGCAGCUUAUUAAUAAGACAUUGAGGUCACGUCGUGAAUACAUGACCGUUUUCUUCUGGCAUGACUUGGGCGAGGAAACAUUCCUGUUGUUCUGUUGUAUUGUGUCUACAUUCAUUUGAUAUGGUGUAUAUUAUAGAAUUUCUAUCGAGUACCAAACUUGAUUUUAAAAACAAUAUAACAUCAAACAACUGCAGUAUUUUAGAUUGCAGACAAUUCACUUUAUAGUUUCUUCCAAACUAGUUAAAUGCAUUUAAUGCAGUUCUCCUAGACUUUGUUUAGGUAAGUAGUACUUUGACCCAGGGAAGAAGUACUUUGACCCUGGGAAGAAGUACUUUGAAGGUAGAAAGAAGUUGUAUAAGCUAUGUAAUUCAACCCAAAGAAAGAUGCAACUGACAUUUAUCAAGAUUGGUGUGUAGUCCCGAGAACUAUGUAAUUGUAAUAAACUAGUGCUUCAGAAACUGUUUAGAGUGGUAAAGCCUCACAAGAUCUGACAUCUGUGUCCAUGGACAUGACCCAACAGAAGGUCAUUGCCGGCUACAUUGUGUUAGGAUUUCUUUUUUAACCUCUUUGGUGGAGUUUGUCAAUUGUUUGUCUACAGAAAAUCUCAAAGGAAUACAAAUAAAUAUACAAAUUGAA